AAAAAAAAAAAAAAAAAAAAAAAGAAUAAUAAUAAAAAUUAAUACAGAGCUCAGCCACGCCUUACCGACAUAGUAGGAAGCUCACCCCUUGCACGGUGGACUUUUCGUACCUAAUGUAUUAGCCCUAUUCGUCGGUUCUAAUUCGCUCUCCCCAAUUGCUCUCGUUAACACUGCUCACCCGUUGGUUGUGCCACUGUAUUCCCCCAUAUUGUUGUCCUAUUGUCGUUCUUUGCUUUCCCUUCUGGCGCCCUCCCCUUCGCGUCUCAAGACGACCCAACUCGAAACAGUGGCCAAGUCGACUGUCAACUUCACUAAAAAGAGUUACGACUCUCUCUCUCACCCAGUCUUAUUUGACUGUGAGUUGAUUAAGUCGGCCUAGCAGGUUGCAGUUGUAAAAAGGCAUCUCUCUGGAUUGUUAGCCAGGAGGCAGUUUAUCAUGUCUUCCAACAGUACAAGUGCCGAUACGUCCACACCGGACUCAGUGUCGAGCCCGCCUGAAAGCCCGACUCAGACUUCCAGUCCUCCAGCAGAGACUUCUAGUAGUAGUACACCACCACCUUCUCCUCCCGAGACCACCUCCACCAGUACCCCCGAUCCGCCAACAUCAACUCCGGACCCGACAACAUCAACUACUACCUCGGCGCCGCCACCACCGCCAACUACUACUACUCCUACUCCUACUACCACCCCCACCACUACCAGCUCCCCUGAGACUACUAGUAACUCUGCACCCCCAGCGCCUACGACUACAUCAACAUCUACUUCACCUGUCCCUACACCAACGCCACCAUCCAGCUCUACGACGGAGACACCACCACCAUUGUCAUCAAGUGUUGUCAUCACUACAACCCAAGUGACCACUGGUGAAGAUGGAAGCACUUCAUAUGUCACGAUUACCUCGACUCAGCUUGCUGCGCAGUCUUCGCAGUCAACAAGUCAAACAUCCUCUACAACAGGCCCAUCGGAUGCAAUUAUAUCUCCGGGCGCUUCCAAUUCACCUUACAUGGCCGAGCAGGCCAAAAUUGCUGUUGCUGUUGUAGUUCCAAUCGCUGCCGUGGCGCUGCUAGUUGGUGCGGGUAUUUUUUUCUGGAGGAGACGUAAGCAACGGAAAGAUGCUGCAGAGGAGAGGCGGAAGGAAGUAGAAGACUACAGCUACAACCCGAACAACGACCCGACUUUGCCAGAUGUAGGAGGCGCCGUUGCUCCGGGGGCUUACGAGAUGAAGGAGGAUGGCUCGGGAUAUCGUGGCUGGGGUUCUACUACUCUUGCGGGUUCAACCGGGCGAAAAGCUUCCACCACUAUGUCUGGUGGUGCAGCAGGUGUGGCCUAUUCGGACGCAACGUCGCCAACUAGGGGCAAUUUUUCUGACACGAGAUCAGGGGAUGGUUUAAUGAACGACCGGUCUAACUCUCCAACGGAGGGUGAGAUCCUCGGCGCUAUGGGUCCGGAUGGCAAUACCGGCAACGGUGACGUUCGCCGUGGACCCUCGAAUGCCUCGUCAUCCUACAGUGCCGCCGGCAGAUCAGAUGGCUCUGGUGACAAUGGCGCCUCUUACGGAGGUCCGGCUUAUCUAGAUCAAUAUGGUGGCAACAACCCCUACGCCGAUGGCGCAUAUGGUCAACCUGUCAUACGGGAUAACCCAGCUCGACGUAAUACACGUAUCGAGAAUCCGUCGCACUACCCUCAACAAAGCACGGGCAUUUCGCAAAACUUCUAAAAGCUUUUCUUCGCUGAUUUUUCAUUACUGUUCAGAUGAUACCCGAACCUGGGCAGAAUACAUCUUUAUUCGAGCAACGGUACUAUGUCGUUUUUUU